AUGUUGUCAGUUAUUCCAAAGUCGAUUUCAUUUAAUGGCCGCGCCUUGUCACAAAAUUUUCGACACUCCUGUCACAGCAACGGCAAUAUGUCAGAACAAGGAGAGGUCUUUGAGAGACCGGAUACAGUAGUUGUUGAUCCUCCAUUGGAGAAGCAUCACACAAUUGAGCCAUUUGCGUUUCUAACGUCAGUGAAGGAAAGUGAACGCAAAUAUAAUGUACUUCUUAUAUCCAAUCAAGCAUUCAAAACCGAUCUUAAAACAAUAUGGGUCCAUUGUGGGUUAGUAGUGUGUUCAGACGGUGGUGCUAAUAGACUUCACGACUACUUUGCCAAUGAUCAAGAGCGAGGGGACUAUUUACCAAAUUAUAUAGUGGGAGACUUUGAUUCACUAAGGGACGAUGUCAGAGGCUUCUACAAAUCAAAGGGAGUCAAGAUUAUACCACAAUAUGGCCAAUAUAGCAAUGACUUUCAAAAAUCGGUACGUUGCAUACAACUACACUAUUCAUUUUUAGAGCAGGGUAGGCAAUGGCUAGAAGUUGAUGAAGAUGAUGGGCUAAAGGAAAUCUGGGAGAAUGAAUUUGGAGGCGCCAGCGAUAUACAAAUCCGAAUUUAUGCAUUGUCUGUGAUUGGAGGUAGAUUUGACCAAACAAUUCAAUCAAUAAACCAGCUUUAUAUCCUUCAUCAAAAAGAACCUAAUUUGCAUUUAUUUUUCAUAACCAAUGAUGAUUUGAUAUUCUUAUUGUACAAGGGAGUCAACUAUGUUAUGUACCCCAAUCGAGCAAUCUUUUGCAAAAAUAUGUCGUCACCUCCAUUAUGUGGGUUAUUACCUCUUGGUGAUAAGCCUGUUACUUUGAACAGUUUUGGUUUCCGAUACGAUGUUCAGAACUGGUUGACAAAAAUGAUGGGUCAAGUGAGUUCUUCGAAUCGAGUUGUUGGAAAGAAAGGGUUCAUCGUUGAAUGUUCUGAAGACAUUUCAAUGAAUGUAGAAUUAAGUUUAUAG